UAACCCUGGAGUGCGCGAGAGAUUCGAAAAAUAGGCUUUACAAUUUUUGGGUGCUCCUCUGAGGAAUUGGAGGCGUUGAAUUGGAGCUUGUAGAUUGACAGGAGCUGUAGGUUGAGGAGUGGGGGGUUGCGGAGAUGUGAAUACUGCUAGUUCAAUUGCAUUGGGACGUAGUCGUGGGCAGCCACUGGGGCAACCAAGGUGUGAAGCGUGUGUGUGAGAUUUGCCUUGAUAUGGACACGGUGGCAGGAGGGUUUUUGUUGUUUUCGCUAGGGUUUGUUUGUGGUGAGUGUUGCUACAGGCGUGACCUUAUCUGUUGAGGUCGAGGAGCGAUAGGUCGGGGCAUGGUUGAAAAGCUGAGAUGUGUGCAUUUUGCUAGUUAUUUUUCCCUGAACUGGUGGAGCCGUUGCGAAGGUAUUUUGGUCAGGAAUAAUUUUACAUUCAGGAGUAUUUGCGGUGACGUUGUGGAGAUUUUUUGUGGAUGCGAGUGUGGUGAGCGAUACGAUGGUAUCGUAUCGUUUGCAAUCAGCAGAGGUGCGGUUGAUGGUAGGCAAUGGGAUUUCCGUUACAGAGAGGAGUGAAAUAUGUAUUAAGACCCUCACGUGUUAGCAUCCGAAGUUCGGACAGCACCCUACCAGUGCAGCAACCAUGGGUUCCGAUGUAUUCCCAGGCUUGUCUUUGCGCAAAAUCCAUGUCAAGGAGAAAGAAGCUUUCACAGUGGACUCCACGGUCUCAAAGAUACAUUCAGAAAUCGUAGUCGAUGAGCCUGUGACCCCAGCUGGACGGUUAUUCAUGCAAGAAGAAAUGAAUGUCUACAUCCUGUGCACUCUGGCAUUCGUCAACCCUAUUGAUGUGCCAGAGUUCAAAAAGACAAUGAUAGCGACUAUCGUCAAUCACAAGCGGUUCCAUAGUAUUAUCUCGAAGGACAAGAAGGGGAACGAUGUAUGGGUUCCAGUAGACGUCCAAAUUGAUGACCAUGUCGUGGUACCGACAGUUGACAAGGCGGCUCCUCGAUACGUAGAGGAUUACAUCACCGACCUUGCCCUCGCUCCUCCAUUGGAUGUGUCACGACCUAUGUGGGAAUUCCACGUGCUCAACGGCACCGAAUCGGGGGAAGAUGGAGCAACUGCGCAUAUGAUAAUGCGAGUGCACCAUGCCUUAGGGGAUGGCACGUCCCUCAUGUCUCUAAUGCUGGCUUGCACGCGGCGACUGGGGAAGCCUGACGAGCUUCCUGCGGUGCCGGUGGCAAGGGUACGCGUGAAGGAGAAGAAGAGUUUGUUUAGGCAGAUGCUGGGAUUACUUUUUCUCUUCUGGAAUACGCUUGUAGGCAUUUUUUUGUUCACGUCGACGGCGAUCUGGUUGAAAGACAGUGACAGCGUGAUCAAAGGUCACUUCGGGGUUGAGAAGGAAAAGAAGAAGCUGGUUUAUCAAAGCAUUGAUAUGACUGAUAUGAGUAUUGUUAAGAAUGCUGUCAAUGGGACGAUCAAUGACGUCCUCAUGGGCAUGGUCUCUGAAUCGGUCCGACUCUAUCUAGAAGAUCGCUAUGCAACAGACUCUUCUCCUAUCAAGCAGGCUGGGGGUAAGGAAGGCCAAGCUGAAGCAGUGGACAUGAAGAAGGUUGCCUCUCAUGUAGAAAAGCUGAGAAUUCGUGCUUGUGCCUUAAUGAACACCAGAGCAACACCAGGUUUGCAGGAGCUGGCAUCCAUGAUGGAUGGGGGGUCGCAACAUCGGUGGGGUAACCAUAUGGGAUACCUACUGAUCGAUAUUCCUCUAAAACACCAACUGGAUCCACUGGAAAAUGUAAUAGCAGCCAAAAAAUACACUGAUCGCAAGAAAUCAUCGCUCGAGGGGAUAUUUACUUAUUGGAGCGGUGCCAUGCUGAUGGCCUUCACUGGGCCCACUCUACCGCUAAUCUUGACGCGACGAGUCAUUCUCCAAACAACACUGACAGUCUCCAAUGUUCCCGGGCCAACUGAGCCUGUCACUUUUGGUGGAAAUCCCAUUGUCGGCAUCUUCCCUAUAGUGUCUGGACAUCCACAGUCCUUGUCCAUAUACUUGCAAACAUACAAUGGUAAAGCGAACCUGGUGGUCAUGUCAGCUAAAUCGGUCCUUCCAGAUCCAGAAAAGCUCCUUAACUUGAUGAUUGACUCCUUGAAGAACAUGGUGAAAGCAGCCAAGGCCAAGGGAUCGAACUAACCGAGAAAGCAUUGAUAAAAAGCAGAAGGAAAUACUUAGAUGUGGCUAUCAUGUGAAAUAGUUAAAUAUUACUGUUGGGAAAGCUUGUGUAGUUUAACCUGAGGAUUAUCACAUGGGCUGCUAGUUUUUUUUUGCAAUUGGGCGAUUAUUCAAAGGGGGCGUGCCAGUUGUAUAGUAUUGGUCAAGUGCAGCCUGUAAAAUCGAGUUGGAUUUGCAAAUUUCAUCUCUGCUGCAUCUGCAGUAUAUUGAAUUCUCUACAUUGAAAUUGUUUUCUACGGGAAUGUUAAGAAAUUAUCGUUGACUCCACUUUCUUAUUCAA